AUGAUUUCCGCUGUAAAUGGUGUUCAAGACAUGGAAGAGUUGGAAGGGCGAAAACAUGUCAGCAGAGUUUAUAAAGUUGUCCUGACUGGAGGUUUGUUUGAUUUUUAUGUUAAAAAUAGCUGUUAUACUGUCUUAGAGCCAUAUGGUAAGACUUUUCGCACAGCCCUUAUUCUGUGCUAUUGCGAGCAUACCGGUAAGAUGUUUGUUUUCAUUGCAUUAAUAAGGGAUAGAAGAAGAAUGCUUAUAUACACAUUGUAGUGAGCUGAUAAGUUUAGGAACUGUGCUGAAAUCUUAUUUUUUUUUAUUUUUUUUUAAGAGAAUAGGUGUUUUGAAUGUAAAAAUAAAAAAUCAAUAUGCACGUGAGGACCACAUGACUGAAGCUUACAGAUUAAUAAUAAUAUUGAACAUCAAGCCAUGUAUUCUGCUUCCGCUCUUCAAAAAAAAACAACAGAGUUUACAAAAAUAGCAAAGAUUUUUUUUCCCUGACAUUGAACAUCCAAGAUUUACUUAAACGUUGUCAAAGAAAGUCCACAGCUGUUAACAGUAUUUUAAUUCAAGAUUGGGUAUCAGCCAACCUUUCUUAGAAAAUCGUGGAUUAUACAUUAAUAAAUAAUCAAUUCAUCCAUAUCCCUCAGCCUGUAACUGAAAAAUAAAAAAAGGCUGUCUGUUUUUUUUAUUUUUAAAUCACCCAGAGUGCACUCUGCUUGCCCCCAACCUCCCCAAAAUAGUCAAUUAUUCUUUUUUGCAAAACUCGCAAGAACCCAAACUUGUCCUCUGUUCCCAGAGUUUUCUUCUACUUGCCUCCGGGGAAUGGUGUAGGACCCUCUGGUAGGCCCUCUGACAGGAACCAUGAUUAAUAAUUCCCCAAUUUCCCACUUGGGCAUAAUACUAAAUGUCAUAUUAUGUUCUCUUUGGACUUUGCAAAUUCCGAACAGUGGGGUCAGCUGAAAUAUGAAGAAUCCCUACAAUACUUUGACUAGGCCAAACAAUGUUUUUUUUUUUUUAAAAAUACUUACAGUAAAGUAAAAGGUAAAGGUGCACACGACCCAAAGGCCCACACGGCCAGAGCUUAUGGUUGUUUCCGUAGCAUGAAGCAUGCCUAGCUAGGAGUAUUGCUACUUCCUCCUGGAUGGGAUGCUAGUCCAUUGUACGGUUACCCCUCAGCAGUAUGUCGCCGGUACCCAUUUAGACACCUGGGUCAAGAGAGACAAAGUGGAGUAAAGUUCCUUGUCUAAGGAAACAAUGGACGGCUUGAACCCCGGACCUCCAGAUCCGGAGUUCGAGGUGUGAACUGCUUGGCCACACGCCUCCACAAACAAUGUUUUUCUUGAAAAACGCUGACAGUAAAACUGGCUAAUUUAUUGCAAUAAAUCCCAUGCAGUUGAAUAAAAUUAUCUGUAAGGCAUGUCAGGUGAACCACCACCAAGCCCCUGUGUGGGAGCAAAUAAUUUUUGAAGCAUUCAAGCAUUUUCAACUCUACUCCAAUGGGAAUUUAUUGAUGCAAACUUAUUUCCAUACAAGACUUCCCUACCUUCCUUCCAUUUGACCAAUAUUUUGGUAUAGGUGAGUCACUGAAGGUUUGAAACCCUGUCCUUGUUUAGGAUCAAAAAAAUUCUUAAAAUACAUACCCUGUUUAGGACAAAACCCUGUUACCCUGUUUGGCCCAAAGGACAUGUACUCUGACAGACUUGCAUGAAAUUGUAUACCCUGUUUAGAACAGAAAGGAUGAAAACCAUACCCUGUCUAGUGGCACGUCCCUGUAUAGCAAAUAUAAGACCCUAACUCUAACCUACCCCCCCCCCCCCCCCGGUCAACCUUUUUCCUCUUUUUUCCCCUUUACUUUUCUCCUUUUCUUUUUUUUUUCAUUCCUUUUUUUAUUAUUAUGGUUUUUUCUUUUUUUGUUCAAAGGCCCUUGUCCAGGAAAAACAACAGUUAAAGAAAUGUUGCCCACUUUUUUUAAAAAUUUUGGGUGGAAGGUACACCUUCCUUGUUUUAGGACAAAAAAAAUUUUAAAACACCCACCCUUUUUAGGACAAAACCCCGUUACCCCGUUUUGCCCAAAAGAAAAGGUCCCCUACCAACUUGCAAGAAAUUUUAAACCCCGUUUAAAACAAAAAGGUAAAAAACCCAUCCCCGUCUAGUGGGCCCUCCCUUUUAAGCAAAAAAAAACCCCCAACCCCAACCCCCCCCCCCCCCCCCCCCCUCCGGUCAACCUCUUUCCUCUCUUUGCCCCUUUACUUAUCUGCUUAUCUUUCUCUAUUCAUUCCUUUGUUUAUGACUAUGGUAUUUUACUGUUUUGUUCAAAGGCCCUUGUGCAGGAAAGACAACAGUUCAAGCAAUGAUGUCCACUUUUUUUGAAAAUCUUGGCUGGAAGGUACAUGCUGAUAAUAAUAAGGACUGAUAAUGCAUGAUUGUUGUUCCACAGUUUAAUGUAUAAAUAUAUUUUUAUCUUAUUCUAUUUUCGUAUUUUGUAGGUUUACAGAGUUCCUGAAGCAGCUACCAUACUACUUGGGUACUGUAAUACUUUAAAGGUUGACUAUGUUUCAAUGAACUGGGUUUUUUUUAUAAAAAUGUUAUUGUUGUACUCAUUCAGGGCUGUAAGUGGUCCUGAUUUUACUGGUUAGUUAGCUAAAAAAGAGAAAAUGAAAAGGUUUGUACUGAUGGUCUAGUUGAAACUCAAUGAUAUCCACAAUUCCCAAGAAUUCCAUGUCAUUCUAACGUGUUAUUUCAUAUUUUUUGUUUUGUUUUUGGUAUAGAGGUGGUGUCAAGUUUCCUGAUCUUGAUGAAGAAGAAGGUAUGGAGAGCAGCCUCAACCUUAAAAAUGCAAAUAAAAUCCUCAUUACACAGUCAUACAGACACCCCUAAGCUAUUGCAUGUUUACUUCUAUAGACAGUUUGUCUUAUCCCCGAAAUAACUUAGCCUUUGUGCAAUCCCUACCUAAAUGUUUGAUAUUGAUCCCAAUACUAUAUGCAGAUCAGAGAGAUGCCAAAAACCAGGGGACUGAAAUUAGAAGAAAAGAUUAGCCAUACCAUGCACCUGGCCCUAACAUUCUUUGUUGUCCAUUGUAAUUAAAAAGACUUUAUAUUCAAUGUUAAGUAUUCUAAAUUAUUAACUUUCGUUCAUUUUGCUUGUCUCUAGUGUACAGAUUUCAGGAAAAUCUUAUGAAGACCUUGCUUCAGUUAGAGCAGACAUUUUUUGACUUGGCAGCUAGCUGUAGGAGGAACACUUUAGUUAUAAGUGACAGGGGAGCUAUGGAUCCUUCAUCAUGUAAGUUCCAAGAACAGUCCUACCUCAAUUCUAAUAGCAGCUUAAUGCAUCCACAUAUCAGAUUCACAUAUUUAAUGCGUCCACAUAUCAAUCACCUAUUUAUACUUGGAUCUGUUGUAGGGAAAAGAGAAUGCUUGAAGUAGUAUAGUCCCUUCGGUGGCCAAUUAAUUAAAGCUAUGUGAAAGGAAUCAAGUCAAAAUAAGGAUAAUUUUGAGGUCACAUCUAGGAAUCGAGCUUGGAACCUCUCUCCUUGUGCUUAGUAAUUGUGUAUUUUAUCAUUCCUUACUCUUAUUUGAUUAACUUUCAGACAUGAGUUCAGAGCAGUGGCAAAGACUUCUUAGUAAUAAUGACUUGAAUAAUGUAACACUAAGAGAUGCACGCUAUGAUCAAGUUAUUCACUUGGUAAGUUUAUUUUUUUUUCUUGUUUGAGGUUAUUUUCUCCGAAAUUCUUUUCUCGACUUCUUUUAAAGCAAUUUCAUUUCCUUUGCAUUCAAAGAAUGCCGUAAGAAUGAGUAAAUAAUUUUUCAUUCUUUAGGUGUCAGCAGCAGAAGGUGCAGAAGAGUUCUAUAUUACAUCAAACAAUCACACACGAAUGGAACCUGUGGAACAGGCCAGAAAAUUGGACAGAAUAACACAACAGGUCAGCUGUAAUGAAUACCAGUAUUUUAUAACCCAUUGCACGCUACUGCUAAUUAAAGUACCCAAUGUUACUGUGGACUUUGUCGACUGACAUGGUUACAUAAUUUAAUUUCCGGAGGGUCUUAUUUGCCAUGAGCAAGUGUGUCUAAGAACUCGAGCCAGACCCUAACCAUGACACCUUAAGUCGCACUUACUCAUGAAUAUGCAAAUUGAAUCCAAUAUUCUAUUUCAUCCAACCACUGAAAAGUUUCCAUAGUAAAAGUUUAUGAUUUAUCGCUGGGAUUUGAGUUUUAAGAAGGGGUUGAAAAUGCUUUCCUCUUUAAAGCCUACACAGUUUUAAUAUAAAGGAACAUCCAAUUAACUGUUGUUAUGCACACAAUAUACUUUUUUGUGACACUUGUUCUGUAACACUAACAACAGCUGUUACCAGACAAAUUUCAGAUGAAUUGCAAAUUGAUUUAGAAUUACUGGUAAGGUCAAAUCCAAAAACGGAUUUUUGAUCCUUGAUUUGCCUGAUUUCAUGGCUGAAAGGUUCUGAAUCUGGAUUUGCCAAAAGGAACACAAAAUCUGUUUGAGAUCGAAAAUUUGAAAGAAACACACUGUAAUAAAUUUUUAAAUAUAAAAAUGCUUAAUGUUUUCUGAUGUGAACUCAAUGUCUGGUGAAUGUCAUUAAAAUAAUUACCAGUAUUGAUAUUUUUGGUUUUAGGCAUGGGUAGGGCACCCAUAUGUUGAUGUCAUUGACAACUCUACAAACUUCAACAACAAAGUCCGUCGUGCUAUUGAAGUAAGAUAAUUUGCAUGUUAACAUUUUCAUUAUUUCUUUUAGCAUUUUGCUACCCAGUUGUUGCUUUUUGGCAUAUAUUUUUAAGCGUGGUAUCUGUAUGCGCUUCCUAAUAGAUGAGAACCUAGACUUUAAUUUUGCGGGUUAGCGUAAGAAGGUGGUAUUACGUGUGUGGCGUUUUGGCAUGUGUAAUCCAAGUGAUGUUUUUCAAUGUGGGAAUGAAUAUUAUCUUUGAGAUACACUCAUGCUGAUAUUUCUGAAAUAUCUAGGCAGUUUGCACCAAACUGGGACUAAAUAUCGGAGAUCGCUUGUCACCAGAGAGCAUAAAGAGAAAGUUUCUGGUUUCAUCUCUUCCAGACAAAAAGGUAACCAGCAGCAAGUUUCAGUUUACUAAUUUAAACAGUGCAAUUGAAAAUACCGUUGUAUCCUCAGUAUAAGACAACUUGAAAUGGGCGAGGAUGCUCGUUCGUCUCGCCUAGGGGUGUCAAUUUCGAAUUUUAGUCUCGCUUAGGGUGUUUUGGGCAAAGCGCCAAAUUAGGCGUAAAGGUCUUUUUAAGAGUUGCACGCGAAGAAAUAUAAAAAAAAAUUAUAUAUUUUCAAUUGGGGUUAUUUACUCAAUUCAUGUGAUCAAAGUUUAAAUGGUCUCUUUUAGGUGUCACAAAAAGGGUUGGCCAGUCACGGAUAGGUCUCCUUAAUGGAGGUUUAAUUCAAAAUUUCAGACGAGCACCCCCGCUCAUUUUCAUGUGGAAGUCCUCUCCCCUCUAGGCUUUUCAUAGCUUUUUCAUAGAAAUCAUAUUUAAGGGAACACUUGAUCUCACAGGUUUAGAGUCAUUUUUAUACACCAUGAUCUUUAUCCUGGAUCAUGACUCCUGGUACAGAUAAUUUAUCCCAUAGGAACACACCAUAAAUUUCAGCUUUGAUGGCAAGUUAUUAAGUCUUACCUUUAACUGUUUAUUGCUGUUUUAUAGGCAUUUCCUGUUUUUGAGGACUUUGAUGUCAUUCAUGACUACCUGUCUUCAUCAGACCCCAAAAGUCAAGCUCGUCUUAGAAAAAGAGGCCAGAAUGGUAACAUAACAUACACUGUUUACAGGUAGCCAUUAUGACAUGUGAAGGAGGAUCAUGAGGUUAUCCAUAUAUUGAGAUCUCUCCUUAGAGAUAAUUAACCCACCCAGCCCAGGGAAGGUUGGCCACGCCACUGAGGUCUAUGUCCCCUCCCCUUUUCGAACAGUGGUGUGGAUUCUUUUAAAAUCCACAAGAAGCAGAUAGGUGAAAUUGCUGUGAGAUGGGACUAAUUGUUUUUUGUCCUUAUCUGACAAGACUAGCAAGUCUAAGCCAUUUGCCAAUGUCAUUACAAGGCCAGCACUUCUUCUCAGUUAUUUUAAGAAACUAAGUGUUGGUCCAGCUGGGGUUUGAACCUACGACCUCCCUCUCAGCAGACCCGCGCUCUCCUAACUGAGCCAACCAGGCAGUCGAUUAUGUAAGUAAGUUGGGUUUUAAUGAGACAAACCAGUAAAACGCUGCAGUUCUUUCAAAUAAAUAAUGAUAACAGUAAUAAGUAAUUUCUUUGUUUACCCUUGACAGUGUUUAUAGUAUGUUUGCUAGUGGGGCUGGUCAGUUCUUCUUGUUGAGAUGCAUGGCCAAUGCAGUGUUGCAUGCAUUUCAGGUACCCUAUAACUAGUUUCGUGUUUGUAAUUUUUGCUGAAUAGGUCACUACACCUACAUGCAUACGUCAAGGAAAGAGACCAAGAUCAAUGGACAGGUUGUGGAAGUCCGAACUAAUUUAUCAUCAAAGGAUUAUGAGGUAAUCAUGAUCAAGUUCAUAAUCAGUAGACAUUAACCCCUCAAGUCCCAGGAGUGAGCAACAUCAAUUUUCUCCCAACAAUAUGAAUACAAAAUCAAAAGAAUAAGUCAUGAGAAUUAAUAAAAUGAUCACCGAGGAGAAAUGUUUUUAUCUUUUAUUUAAUUCUCAACCAGUUCUUUAAAGACAUGUAUAAAGAUCAGUUUAGAGAAAUUGUAUGUGGAUAUUUGGGUUGAAAGGGUUAAGAAUCUCUCUCUCACUGCUAUUUCUUCUCCUUUUACUCAGAGGUUGUAUACCCAGCUUGAUCACUCUCGUCAGUCAGUGUACAAAACAAGAAGAUGCUUCUUAUGGAACAAUGAAUACUUUCAGUUGGAUAUUUAUAGUGAACCGUGUCAUCCAAGGUAAAAUUGUACCUAUUUUUCUACUUGUGUUUUUAAAUACUGUAUCAUUACAGGGAGCCUGCACAAUCUGUUUGUGUAGCUGAUUGUUAUUUUAUAGUAAAUGUUCUGGAUUACCGUUUGCCUCACCUAUAGCGAUAUGUCACUAACUAUGUAUAUAAAUCAAUGAUAAAUAAACGUUGAAUUACCUUACCUGUGGUAUAUAGUCGUCCUUUUACCCCAAAAAUGUUUUUUGAGCGAUUUUGAAGGAGUUUGAAUUCGCCGUUGACUGUUCCUUAUAAUAGAAGGACAAGGGUGGAAUCCAUGUUUUGAAAGGGCUCCAGUGCCGGAGCGAUUUUCCCCCCCAAAAUCGCAUCGCUCCGCUCUCAAACUCGCGAGCAAAAAGGUAGAAAGAUUCACGUUUCUCCUCGUACCUUCCAAUCGAAAAGCCAUCCAAACAGCCCGGAGCUAGCCGUCGAAGAAUAUUAAAAUCCCACAGUAUUCAAGGGGCAGGAAUGCGUAGCAAGAUUCAUACGUGCCAGCCAGAAACCGUCCCGCUGAUUGCCUCUUUUUGAUUGGAUGUCAUUAAUCAAAAACGCUUACCAAGUCUUCUUCAUCAGUUAUUAUUAAACCAUUUGUUUAACGACAUCCAAUAGAAAAAAAAGGCAAUCAGCGGGACGGUUUGUGGCUGGCACGUAUGAAUCUUGCUACGCAUUCCUACGGCUCAAAUACUGUGGGAUUUUAAUUUUCUUCAACGGCUAGCUCCGGACUGUUUGGAUGGAUUUUCGAUCGGAAGGUACGAGGAGAAACGUGAAUCUUUCUACCUUUUUGUUACGGAGUUUGAAAGCAGAGCGAUCCAAUUUUGGGCGAAAAAAUCGCUCCAGCACUGGAGCCCUUUCAAAACAUGGAUUCCACCCUUGUCCUUCUAUCAUAAGGAUCAGUCAACGGCAAAAUCCAACUCCUUCAAAAUCGCUCAAAAAACCGCUUUUGAGGUAAAACGACGACUAUAUACCACAGGUAAGGUAAUUCAACGUUUAUUUAUCAUUGAUUUAUAUACAUAGUUAGCGAUAUAUCGCUAUAGGUGAAGCAAACGGUAAAUCCAGUACAUUUACUAUAAAAUAACAAUCGGCUACACAAACAGAUGGUGUGGGCUCCCUGUGGUAUAAUUUCAUUUUCUGUAUUGUCAUUCAUAAUUUAUCGGUAAUAAACUUGUUUAUUGGUCAGUUGUCAUCCAUUGAAGGAAAGAGUGCCAAGACUUUAUUUUUGUAUAGUCAAACCCUGUUAAUAUGGACACUGAGGGGGCUACAGAAAGUGUCCCUAUUAACAGUCCGGAAUAUCCCUAAAUUUAAGGACAGGGCCAACUGGUCAUGGGACACUUUUCAACCAAUGAGAAGGCGCGCUUGUGUUUAUCAACAAACAAAUCAAAACAUCGCCCCAGUGAUCAAAAAUUUUCAAAACAACGGACGGAGUUAGACAGAAUUAAAGAUGAGCUUUCAGUACUCGUCUAGGUUUCACAUUAAAUAUUUCAAAGAAAAAAUUUCAUGUAGUAGAAUAAGAGCAUUAAUCAUUGCAAGGAAUAAUUGGGGUGUUCGAAUUGAUUCCGGACCGAUCGCAGAGGUCGUGGUUUCACUGGCAUGGCUUGCAAGAUUUUUGAUAGAAGCCAACUGGUCCCGUGUAAAAAUAGCCUUAAACAUGUUAAAGAGAGUGUGAAAAUUUGUUGAGAUCAUACAAAACAGGAUUGUACUGCCCAUUAACUUCUACAGGACAAGAAUCAAAGAACCANAUUAAUGGGGUGUCUGUAUUUAGCAGGUUGAAUUGAGAGAAAAUGUUUGGGCUUUCUUUCCCCAGGGACAAAGCAAACGGUACUAACUAAUGAGCUGUCCGUAUUAAGCGAGUGUCCCAAAAGCAGGGUCUGGCUGUAUUAUGUUAUAAUAACAUUUCUUUUCACUUAAGAUUGUACCUUAGUUAAUUAACUCACUUCCAGGCACAUAUUCAUGUUAAGUCUCAAGGUAUGUGAUGGUAAGCUUUUCCUGAGAAGACGAUAGAGAAGGCUGCCUGUCCAUUGGUUGGGGAUUUAGCUUAAUGCCCCAAUUACUCAUAUUUGUCUAGGGCAUAAACAUUUGCCCCAUAGGGAUUGAAAGUUGGCAUGCAUUUGGUUGUUGCCUAAGGAUUGGGAUUCUGAAAUUAUGUGGCUAUCCUGAUCAUUUCUUACAAAUGUAUUUUUUUCCUUUCGUAAAGUUUUGGCUAGUACAGUGAUGAAGUAGUUGACAAAGUACAGUCACCAGCAUAAUUUAAGCCCAAGAAACUAACUAUGUUGUCUGAUAUUUUGAUAGGUGUAAAGGGCUGUUAAUCCUUGAAACAUACACCACAGAAAGGGGAGACGGCUUGAAGAGGCCAGAUUUCUUGGAUAUUGUAAAGGAAGUUACUGGAGACCCAUUUUACUCCAUGUUUCACUUAGCACUAAAGGACUAA